CUCUUAACGCCGUAUUCUAGCUAUGUCGGAGGCUGCCACGCCCACGACAACGAGGACUGUUUACGACCCAACCGCCGAGGCAGCCGAGAAGGCGCUCUGCUUUCGUGGCAUCUGGGCCUGGCUGGUGCUCCUGCUGCUGAUCGGCGUGUGCAUUGCGUUUGUCAUGUGGCUGCUGCGCAAGAUCAUCCUGGGUCCGGUGUACCGCAAGCCGAACCGCAUCGAUGGCAAGGUGGUCAUCGUCACCGGCUGCAACACGGGCAUUGGCAAGGAGACGGUGCUGGAGCUGGCGCGCCGGGGCGCCAAGAUCUACAUGGCCUGCCGGGAUCCGGCACGCUGCGAGGCAGCCCGCAUCGAGAUCAUGGAUCGCACACAGAACCAGCAGCUGUUCAAUCGCAGCUUGGAUCUCGGCUCGCUGGAGUCGGUGCGCAACUUUGUGGCACGCUUCAAGGCCGAGGAGACGCGCCUCGAUCUCCUGAUCAACAAUGCCGGCGUCAUGGCCUGUCCGCGUACUCUCACCGCCGACGGCUAUGAGCAGCAGUUGGGCGUCAAUCAUUUGGGCCACUUUCUGCUCACCAAUCUGCUGCUGGAUCGGCUCAAGCAGGCGGCGCCCAGCCGGAUUGUGGUGGUCACCUCGGCGGCGUAUCUGUUUGGGCGCAUCAACCGCGAGGAUCUGAUGAGCGAGCGCAAGUACGGUAAAUUCUUUGGCGCCUACACCCAGUCCAAGCUGGCGAACAUACUGUUCACACGGAAGCUGGCCGUGCUGCUCCAGGGCACAGGUGUUACGGUCAACUGUUGCCAUCCGGGCCUGGUUCGCACUGAGCUGAAUCGCCACUUUUCGGGCGCCAACUGGACAAGGAACAUGCUCAAGUUUAUGUCGCUCUAUUUGUUUAAGACGCCGCGUGCCGGCGCCCAGACCUCGCUUCGUCUGGCGCUGGAUCCCGCUCUGGAGUGCACCACGGGCAACUAUUACGCGGACUGCAUGCGCUAUCCCCUGGUACCCUGGGGCCGUGACAUGGACACCGCCGACUGGCUUUGGCGCGAGAGCGAGAAGCUGGUCGGUCUGCCGCCCAUCGAGCCAAACAAUCCAAAUGGCCAUAAUGCCCACAAUGGCAGCGGAGCACGUCCCGUUCCUGCGACUGCGACGCCGACUGCAGCUGCAGCUGGUGACGCAGUGGAGACCGUUGUCGUCGACCGGGCGGCCAGCUAGAUUAGAAAAUUGAAUGGCCAGCCGGCUUGUUGUUAUCAUCACAGCCCAGUUGAAAAGCGCAUCCAGCUCGCAAACCAGUUUGGAACCUGUUUUAUGUUUUUUUUUUUGUUUUUUUAGGAAUCUAUUUGGCCGCAAAUCAGAGAUCAAAAAAUGUUCGUUCUUUGUGCCGGCUGAUGGCUAUGGUAGCAUUUUAUUGAAAUAUAUGUACAUACGUACGUUUUACUUUAUUUAAAUAUACAUACAUAUGUAUGU